UCCAAUAAAGUUGCUUGGUUUCCGGGAAUCUCCUGGAUCCUGUGGGGGCUCGCUUCCUCAUUCGGGACUGGGGACGCGGAAAAAAAUCUGGGUAAUUGGGAAACUUCUUGAGCUCGAAGAGCCACGUCCGCUAGGCAGCGGCAGGCUUGGGAGCGCUUCCGAGGCGCGGGGCUCGCGCACCGCCCGGCUCGCUCCCUCCCCGCUGUCUUGCGCGGGGUCGCGCUCGCCCCCUAUCCCCUUUAUUCUUGUUUCUGGAGGGGCGGGGGGUCGCCUGGCACGUACUUAAGGACUGCUGGGGCCACGUGGGAGGAGUCCUUCUCCAGCCCGAGUUCCGGCAGAAGCACGUGGGGAGAAAUCAUGUCUGGGGGAGGAGGCUCCGUGGCCGCGUGGGGUUGCUUAGGGGCCUCCGCGCGUAAGCACGCGCUUAGGAGUCGUGUGGUUUCCCUUAUGGUUCCUCACCGUCCUGUGGAGGUAGACUAGAGGAAAAACCGAGCCGGGAAAGAGCGGGAAAGGGUACAGAAGAACUUGCCUGCCGCGCCCCCUCCCCGGAACUGAGGUCGACCAGUAUCUCUACCACAUGCGUCUUUCUGAUGAGACCCUUCUGGAGAUUUCUAAGCGGUUCCGUAAGGAGAUGGAGAAAGGACUUGGAGCCACCACCCACCCCACUGCUUCUGUGAAAAUGCUACCCACCUUUGUGAGGUCCACCCCAGAUGGGACAGAACAUGGAGAGUUCCUGGCUCUGGACCUUGGAGGGACUAACUUCCGUGUGCUCCGGGUGAGAGUAACAGACAAUGGGCUCCAGAAGGUGGAGAUGGAGAACCAGAUCUAUGCCAUCCCUGAGGACAUUAUGCGAGGCAGUGGCACCCAGCUGUUUGACCAUAUUGCUGAAUGCCUGGCCAACUUCAUGGAUAAGCUACAAAUCAAAGACAAGAAGCUCCCCUUGGGUUUUACCUUCUCAUUCCCCUGCCACCAAACUAAACUAGAUGAGAGUUUCCUUGUCUCAUGGACCAAAGGGUUUAAGUCCAGUGGAGUGGAAGGCAGAGAUGUGGUGACUCUGAUCCGGAAGGCCAUCCAGCGGAGAGGGGACUUUGAUAUUGACAUUGUGGCCGUGGUGAAUGACACAGUUGGAACCAUGAUGACCUGUGGUUAUGAUGAUCAGAACUGUGAGAUUGGUCUCAUUGUGGGCACUGGCAGCAAUGCCUGCUACAUGGAGGAGAUGCGUCACAUCGACAUGGUAGAAGGCGAUGAGGGGCGGAUGUGCAUCAACAUGGAGUGGGGGGCCUUUGGGGAUGAUGGCACCCUCAAUGAUAUCCGCACUGAGUUUGACCGAGAGAUCGACAUGGGCUCGCUGAACCCUGGGAAGCAACUAUUUGAGAAGAUGAUCAGUGGGAUGUACAUGGGGGAGCUGGUGAGGCUCAUCCUGGUGAAGAUGGCCAAGGAGGAGCUGCUCUUCCAGGGGAAGGUCAGCUCAGAGCUCCUCACCACUGGCUCCUUCGAGACCAAAGAUGUUUCAGAUAUUGAGGCGGAUAAGGAUGGUAUCCAGAAAGCCUAUGAGGUUCUGGUGCGGCUGGGCCUGAAUCCACUACAGGAGGACUGUGUGGCCACUCACCGGAUCUGCCAGAUCGUGUCCACACGCUCAGCCAGCCUGUGUGCAGCCACCCUGGCUGCCGUGCUGUGGCGCAUCAAGGAGAACAAGGGCGAGGAGCGAAUGCGCUCCACCAUUGGGGUUGAUGGCUCUGUCUACAAGAAACACCCCCAUUUUGCCAAGCGUCUUCACAAGACCGUGAGGAGGCUGGUGCCUGACUGCGAUGUUCGCUUCCUUCGCUCCGAGGAUGGCAGUGGAAAAGGGGCAGCCAUGGUGACGGCAGUAGCUUAUCGGCUCGCUGACCAACACCGAGCCCGCCAAAAGACCUUAGAGCCUCUGAAGCUGAGCCAUGAGCAACUGCUGGAGGUAAAGAGAAGGAUGAAGAUUGAAAUGGAGCGAGGUCUGAGCAAGGAGACACAUGCCAUUGCCCCUGUGAAGAUGCUGCCCACCUAUGUGUGUGCCACCCCUGAUGGCUCAGAAAAAGGAGACUUCCUGGCCUUGGACCUUGGCGGAACAAAUUUCCGGGUCCUGCUGGUGCGUGUGCGGAACGGGAAGCGUCGAGGAGUGGAGAUGCACAACAAGAUCUACUCCAUUCCUCAGGAGGUCAUGCAUGGCACAGGAGAGGAGCUCUUUGAUCACAUCGUCCAGUGCAUCGCUGACUUCCUGGAGUAUAUGGGCAUGAAGGGUGUGUCCUUGCCUCUGGGUUUCACCUUCUCCUUUCCCUGCCAGCAGAACAGCCUGGAUGAGAGCAUCCUCCUCAAAUGGACAAAAGGCUUCAAGGCGUCAGGCUGUGAGGGUGAGGACGUGGUCACCCUGCUGAAGGAAGCGAUUCACCGGAGAGAGGAGUUUGACCUGGAUGUGGUUGCUGUGGUGAAUGACACAGUAGGAACUAUGAUGACCUGUGGCUAUGAAGACCCUGACUGUGAAGUUGGCCUCAUCGUUGGCACAGGCAGCAACGCCUGCUACAUGGAGGAGAUGUGCAACGUGGAGCUGGUGGAUGGAGAGGAGGGGAGAAUGUGUGUCAACAUGGAGUGGGGGGCCUUUGGGGACAACGGAUGCCUGGACGACUUCCGCACGGAGUUUGAUGUGGCUGUAGAUGCACUCUCUCUCAACCCGGGCAAACAGAGAUUUGAGAAAAUGAUCAGUGGCAUGUACUUGGGUGAGAUUGUUCGGAACAUCCUCAUCGAUUUCACCAAGCGUGGGCUGCUCUUCCGUGGCCGCAUCUCAGAGCGGCUGAAGACACGGGGAAUCUUUGAAACCAAGUUCUUGUCCCAGAUUGAGAGUGACUGCCUGGCCCUGCUGCAAGUCCGCGCCAUCUUGCACCACUUGGGGCUUGAGAGCACCUGCGACGACAGCAUCAUCGUCAAAGAGGUGUGCACUGUGGUGGCACGGCGGGCAGCUCAGCUUUGUGGUGCGGGCAUGGCUGCCGUGGUGGACAAGAUACGAGAAAAUCGUGGGCUGGACACUCUCAAAGUGACAGUUGGUGUGGACGGGACCCUCUACAAGCUUCAUCCUCACUUUGCCAAAGUCAUGCAUGAGACGGUAAAGGACUUGGCUCCUAAAUGCGAUGUGUCCUUCCUGGAGUCUGAGGAUGGCAGCGGGAAGGGGGCGGCUCUCAUCACUGCUGUGGCAUGCCGCAUCCGUGAGGCUGGACAGCGAUAGAACCCCUGAAACCAGAAAGGACUUCUUCUUCCCCUCUUCCCUGUUUUAAAUUAUAAGAUGCCAUCCCCUUGUGUAAGA